CGCAACCGGUGUAACGUACAUUAAUAAAAAAAUAUCCUCCCGCCUUUUUUGCACGCAUAACAGAAGCUGGCAUUACCCGUUCUGUGUGCACAUCCGCGAAUGUACAUAGAUAGAUAGAGGGAGGGCAAGCAACCCUGCUGAAUCUGUGCAGCUCUGAUUGCACGAACGCAAGAAGGAGGUCGCUCUCGCUCUCUUUAGACGGAGGUAAGCCAGCGAAGCGACCGCAAAAUGUCGCUGUUUUAGUGGAUUUUCAGCACCUAUAGGACUGACAUCCAGGACGGCUGCCGGGGGAAGAGCACACGGGUCUCCGGAAGCCGGUGGCCGAAGCUACGUUAAAUGGCGCUUCAAGCGAGACGUGGAGGUGCUGACAGGUGACCGGUCUCCGGCUCACCUUCGCUUGCUCUGGACCCGACAGACCUUGAAGAACUGACGCUGAGAUUUCGUAAUCAGAUUUUGCUUCCCAGCUAUAUGGAACAAACUUUGGGACAGUUUUAAUGUCUUACCAACUGCAUGUCCUUCUCCGGACAGAAUGGACGCUCUCUUUGAAUCAGGUUGAUCGUCUCUCACCUCGUCCCCUCCUUCCUAUCUCCUCAGCAGGAGGGUGGGGGAUUGGCCCCCUGCCCCUCCUUGCAGGCUAGGCUAGGUUAGGGUAGUCUUCUUUUUGCAACAUAGUCUUUUCUCUUUUACGUUACCUCGUGCUCUCACCUGAUCCAGCCCCGUCAUCACUUCUUCAUGAAAUCCUGCCAGAGCCUGAAGGAGGAGGUUUCCAUCCCCAGCCUGGGUGGGAUGUCACAGGAGGAGGCACGUAGGACACCCGUGUCCCAGAACUAUUAUCACUCUAAUAACCCGGAUUUGGACCUGACGGGAAAGGUACACAGGAGGGAGGUGAGUGGAAAGCCUUAUUCUGUGUUGGUAGACAACAAGAUGUCCUCCAAGAUGGCCGGGACGGAUCAGAACAUGGGUCAGGUGCCGCCUCAGCAUGUGACUUCACAGCAGCAUCAGCAGUACUUCCGAGAGGGAGCGCAGGAGGCGGGGUCGCAGGAGUCCGAAACGGGAAACCAGGAAUCCUCUGAUGACACUGAGGUGGAUGAAGAUGAUGAGGAAGAAGAGGAUGAGGAGGAAGAGGGUGAAGAGGGCUACAAACGUGAGCAGAUCAUCGUCGAGGUGAAUCUGAACAACCAGACGCUUCACGUAUCCAAGGGCGACAACAAAACUGGAACCACAGCAGAUGACUCGGAAAGAGGAGGAAGUGAUGAGGAUGAGGAUGAUGAGGAGGAGGAAGAAGAAGAGGAGGAUGAAGAGGAGGAGAGCCAUGACGAGGAAGAGGAAGACGAGGAGGACGAAGCAAUGGACAGUCAAACGACGCGGUCGAGAAGAACCAGACAAAGUUCUUCGUCAGCCAGCCCGCCAAAGAGGAAAAGCCUCCGAACGGCUCUGAGCGCCGCCGCGGCCGGAAUGACCACCAGGGGGCGGCGGAGGCGCAUGGAGCCUCCAAAAAGCAAGCGCAGGUCGGGGAGGUCGACCCCGUCCUCCGCAGGUACAGAGAGGACUGGCGAGAAGGCGGAGAUGGAGGAGGAGAAGGAGAUGCUGGCGUGUGAGAAGUGUCCCCGGGUGUUUAACACCCGCUGGUACCUGGAGAAGCACAUGAACGUCACACACAGGCGGAUGCAGAUCUGCGAUAAAUGCGGCAAGAAGUUCGUCCUGGAGAGUGAGUUGGCACUGCAUCAGCAGACUGACUGCGAGAAGAACAUCCAGUGCGUCUCCUGCAACAAGUCUUUUAAGAAGUUGUGGUCGCUGCAUGAGCACAUUAAGAUUGUUCACGGCUAUGCAGAGAAGAAGUUCUCGUGUGAAAUCUGUGAGAAGAAGUUCUACACAAUGGCCCACGUCAGGAAGCACAUGGUUGCUCACACUAAGGACAUGCCUUUCACCUGUGAGACGUGUGGGAAGUCAUUUAAACGCAGCAUGUCUUUAAAAGUUCACUCUCUGCAGCACUCUGGGGAGAAACCUUUCCGCUGUGAGCACUGCGACGAACGGUUCCAGUACAAGUACCAGCUGCGCUCCCAUAUGAGCAUUCACAUUGGACACAAGCAGUUCAUGUGCCAGUGGUGUGGCAAAGACUUCAACAUGAAGCAGUACUUUGACGAGCACAUGAAAACACACACAGGAGAGAAGCCUUUCAUUUGUGAGAUCUGUGGGAAGAGCUUCACCAGCCGGCCCAACAUGAAGCGCCACCGGCGCACGCACACGGGCGAGAAGCCGUACCCCUGCGAGGUCUGUGGCCAGCGCUUCCGCUUCUCCAACAUGCUCAAAGCUCACAAGGAGAAGUGCUUCCGGGUCACCAGCCCCGUGGUCCUGCAGACUAGCGGCUCCUCUGUGCCUGUCCGCCUCUUCGCCAACGCCUUCUCCUCCCCCGCCUCCUCCUCUUCCUCUCCCACCACCGUCCCCGGGCCCUCGGCGGCGACCCCCGCCACCACCUCAGCCUCUCUGGGCCUCGCCCCAACCGGAGGGCCCGUUCCGCAGCAGGGCCCCGUCGGACACACGUUCUCCCAUGUGCAGCUCCAUUCUGCGCCCUCCCAUCAUCAUCUCUCCAACGCGCCGCAGCAGGCCAAUCCUCACAGCCACCAUCACCUGGUGGUCCCUCCUGUCGCCCACCUCCCCCCUCCUCCUGCUCUUUUCAAGAGCGAGCCGCUUAACCACUGUGGGCAUGAAGAUAGCAGCUACCUGCACCACAUGGCCCCCCUUGACAAAGGUCCUGGAGCGCCACAGCACCACUGAACCUGUGGAACACCAAACCACACCUUAUUUGUCUUCUUAAAGCUCCGCCUCAGUUUCUCAAUCGCAGGAACUGGAAGCCGGGUCUGCAGAGAGGAGUUUGUUGCAGACAGCAGGAUGAGAUGAAAAGGGAGCAUACAUGUUCCAUCAGAUAAUGGAGGUUUCCUGCGUAGACGUGGCUCGACUAGAAUUAAUCUAAACUCAUAAACAUUAAGGAUUGAAACUGUUGCACCAUCCGUGCACGCAUUAAGUGAGACAUCACUUUAAAAAACUGUUCAACCCGGCAAAGGUUUUACAAUCGCUAGGAAUUAUUCUUCAGAAAACGACUCUGUGUGAACAUCUCUCUCCACAUUUAAUGGGUGGAAACUGGUUUUCAUCACAAAUAAAAGCUGCUGAUGGAACUCAAAAUCCAUAAUACCUAGACUCCCUGGAUCUUCAAAGAUCUGCUUCACUGAACUUCCCUCUUCUUUGUAUUUUGUUAAUUUGACUCAAGGUCAUACAUUAGUCAGGACAUGAGCUUUCUGUGCCGCUCAUCCCCAUAGCAAUAUUGUACUUAUUCUCCAAGCUCUAGUGCAGAAACCUCAUGGGCAAACAAAUGUUUAAUGAAUGUUGAAACUGGUUCUACCUGAGCCUUUUUUUACUGUACAGAGGCCAAUGUUAAAGGGACAGUUUAGAUUUUUAUAGCAGUGUUCUGUGCUAUAAACUACAGGUAGAUACUCUACCUGUAGUAGACAGAUGUCAUAUUGAAAUGAGUUUGUGUAAACAUGAACAUUCUUCUUAACUUCUUGGCAGUUAGGCUAACUGCUAAGAAGACAAGUCCACAGAUUUGAGCUAUGUUAAACAAACAGAAAAAGUUUCUUUCAGAAUACUUCUGUGUUUUUUCACUGAAAAAUGUCCCUGUUUUAGUGCAAAAUUGCAUUAUUUGAGUCUCUCUGGCUGCCUCAUCAUCUCCAACUGAUUGGUCUGCUCCAAGUCUGCCAAGAACGAAGCAUUUUGGUUUUGCAUCAAACUGUCAGUUUUGCAGACGUACCACUGUUUAGCUGUUUGGAAAUUAUUUUGAGUUAACUUGUGAUCAGUUAAACACGAUCUGCCAAUAUUGCAACUCUAAUGUAACCGUCCAGUGAUGAGCAAUAUUUUACUAGCUCACAAAAUAACUUUUUCCCCCCUAAAACUGUUUAUUAUCUUAAGAUUUUCUAAAUUUGAUAAGUAAUGCAUAAGGAGUGGUUAUGGGUUUACUGAAAUGGCUGGCUAAUAUUAGCGUUAGCAUAUUUUGAUAUAACUUGUUGAUCAUUCAGAUGAUGGAUUGGAAACUUUAUUAAUCCCUUUGGGAUUUUCCCUCAAGGAAAUUGUCUUCCACAUAGCACACUUGGAUAUACAUGAUGAGAAAUUGUUCCAGUUAAAUUUGUGUGGACAAGAUCUUCUCCUGAUUCAUAAGCAAAAUUGAUUUCUGUGGAUGUCAUAAUUGUUAGUGAUUAGCAUUGGAUUUACAUACAGAUACCAGAUAGGCUCUCAUUUUCUGUAAACAUCAGUGUGAAAGGUACACCAAGACUUGGACUUGUGUAAAAACUGCACAUUUGUGAAAUCAGAGCCACAAAUUGACCAUAUUUUUGUUUCAUUUUAAAUGUCCAAUUUGACAUUUUAAACAAUGCCAACUGGGUCUAAAUAUUCUUGCAAAUGUAAUUGCUAAAACCAGCUAAAAGCUGUUAGUUUUCCUCUGCUCUAAUUAUUUCUUCACUAUUUUUGCAAACUCACAAUGCUAUGACAUCUGUCUGCCACAGCUAAGGCAACAAUUACUGAUAAGUUCACAGAACCUCAGUUCAAAACGUUUGAACUGUCCCUUUAGGGCUGUCAGUCAGGGGGCAAACAGCAGUAGAGUAAAAUGCAGUGCCAUAGGUUACAGUGAAAUGGGAGAGAUUAGUUUUUAACUACUUUGUAAAUUAAACUGAAUCGAGACAAAGUCUCAGAUUUAUACCCGUAAAGAUGGUGCUUUCCAUUCCAUUACUUAAAAAGUCCUUAUUUUGCUUUCUAAUUCAAUUUUCAUAACCUAAUCUAGUAAGUGUGUGUGGGGGGGGAAAUUUGUGUCCUUUCAGCCUGGCUUUUCUGCAGUGAAAUUAAUGUUUGACUUGAUAUUUUGUGAUCGAGAUGACUUUAAUUAAACAGGAUCUGCCCCAGGCACACACAUACACACACACACACACACACCACACACGUUCAAGCAUACACACGGUCACUGAUUUACCUACAGUGACCAGUAGAACCACCUCAGCUUACAGGACUGUUGGUCAACGUUUGCUUUUAGAAAAUGAAUGACUGUCGAAUAAUACUGCCACUGUGAGGGGCCAGACAUGUGGCCCCGUCUGCUUUUGUCCUCUACUUUAUUUUAUUUUUUAUCCCCACCUCCCUUUGCUGCUGUUCAAACAAUACGGGUUACCAUGUUAAAGGUCGCCUGACACACACACACACACACACACACACACACAGAGUAUACACAACUGGGACCUUUUUCAUUGAAGCUCUUAACAGUAUAUUAUGCAUUAUUCCUCAGCCUGUAUUCCACGGUUUGGUGUGGGGUGGUGUUGUAAUGUAGAGGCUAGACGUUUAUUUUAUUUUAUUUUUUUUUUUUACUUUCUGUACUGACAAACUUUGGUCAACAAAGACCAGCGCAUGUCUAAACCUGUUGAAUGUCGCCUAAGCAGAAUGAUGGUUUAUAGGUCAUUCUUGUUUCAUGUUCUCAGAUUAUUUACAUAGUUGUUAAGCUAAUGAACAGCCGUCACAUGCAGUUAACAUCAGAUCUUUACAUACACUGAAUAAAAGGAUAAUUUUUAUUCCUCAUCUUCUGACAAACUUUUCCUGUUUUUAGAUCAGAUUUAAAAUUACAAAAAUGAUUUCUAUGUAAGAACUACUAGAAAAAUGAAAUGGGGCUUCUUUGAGAUCCUUUUAUUAUUUCUUCAAAUUUAGAUGUUUGCUUAAUUCUCCUUGGUAUUUGGUGGAACUGUACGAAUUUUGCCGACAGACGUUGUUACUCAGUCACCUUUUCAGCUCUUCCCACAGGUUUUCUGUGGGCCUGAGAUUGCGGCUUUACAACGGUCGCUCCGAAACUCGCAAUUUGUCGUCCUUAAGCAACUUAAUUGCUGUUUUGGAUGCUGACAGUCAUUACCCAGCUGUCAUUAAAUGCUACCUCGGUGUUUUCACAUAAUGAUGUUUCUUCAAGAUGCCAUCUAAUUUAAAGUACAACAUAAUGCUGCCACUCUCAUACUUCACAGUUGGGAUUGUGGGUUUUUGGCUAGCAAGCUUCCCUUUUUUUUUUUUUUUUUUUUUUUCUAGAAAAUUAUUCAAAGAUAAUUUUGGGGCUAGAAUUUUUGUUUUAUUAAACAAUAAGACAGGUUUCGAAACGUAUCCAUUUCUGAGCAGUUUCAACAACAAUCUUGGGUUGAUUCUUGCAUGUCAUAUAUAGAAGCUACCCGACUUCUGAGCACUUUGAUGGCAGAACAUUUCCAUGGUGUUUAUACUUUCAUAAAGCUGUUUGAACAGAUGAACUUUACACCUUUAGGGAGUUUGGAAAAGUGAAUCAAGUGGAGCUCCACAACUCUCUUCCUGAUUUCUUUCAAUUUUCUGUAGUGUCAUAAAAGGAAGUUGUGUUUUUGAGGGGUUGCCUUAAAAUACAUCCUCAGGCGAGCCUCCAUUUAACUCUAGUGUUGGUAAUUAACAAUUUAACAAUAAAUCCUGAAUAGCUUAAAAGCGAAGUCACCUUAAUGUAAAACUUCUGAUGUUAAAAAACUCAAUACAUGGAAACAAAAUCCAUCACUACUGACCUAAAAUGGUAAAAGCUUAGUUUGAUUUAAUGACUAACGGUGAGAGGGUAAAAACACAUUUUUAUAUUGUGUAUGUAAAAUCUGGUUUCAACUGCUGAUGUACUGUCAGCACAUGAUAGGAAAUGUCAGGAUAGGAGGCAGUGGUCAGAAAAUGUCAUGAAACUGGGGUUCUUCCGUUGGCCAAUAGGUGCAUGUCUGGUGUUUUUAAGGAGCAGAAGCUGUGGGCUUGUGUUUGGUCUGAAUCUUCCCUGUUCUUGUCACCUCAGACUGAUGGUGCAUUGAGAGUGCAUUGUUCCAUGCAUUUGGUCUCAGUUUGGUCUCUUACCCAAAGCUGCUUUUACAAUGUGUCCCAAUAAUGUGUCAUUAGAGGAGUAAACGGGGAGGGGGGCGGACAAUAGGAAUAAAAUAACCCAUCCUGUCAUUCUGAUGGUAGUCUGAAGUGGUUAAGUUCAGUAGUUUAGCGCCAGGCCUGCAAUUAGCCUGCCAUCUCUGUGCGUCUUAAAUACUGCUGCAAUAUUAUUUGCUAUCAUUCAAUCUCUGUAGGCUCACUGCUGGGAUUCAGGAUUUUGCAGUAGGGGUAUUUUCAGUCUUGUAUUGUUCCUUUUUUUUUUUUUUAAAGCCUUUUGUUAUUCUCUGCACUUUACUGCUGCGUGGGUGAUGCGCAGGGAACGGGGUUAGGGGAGGGGGUGACAAUGCAUUGUGGAGCAGAAUGCAGUUGUGACUGUAUGGGAAAUGGUUGGAGGCGAUUUACUUUUGAGUGGAUUUUUUUUUUUUUUUUUUGGCAAGGAAAGGAGGAGAAUCUGAGGUGGAGGUGGACAGUGUGCAAGGGACCAUAGCUAAUAUACACAUCUAUGUACUUAACUUCAUUUUGAGAAAAAAUAGCCUUCAAUGUGGACCUUUCCUUCAAAGUACAAAUGAUGAUCCUGCUGCUUUUGCGCCAUCACACAUGCCCCUCCAUGUAUUAUUGGAAAUACGUUCGUCAUUUUUAUUUUAUUUUUUCCCGUUGUGUCCAUUUUCUCUGUUGCAGAAUGAUUCUCCUCCUCCUUUCUUUGUUAUAUAGAAUGCACUUUCUACUAAAAUCCUUGAGUAGUUAAAAAAAAUAACAUUGUAUAUUCUUUAAAGAUGUUUUAAACAAAAAAAUCAAUAUUCUUUCCCCUUUGUAUUUUUAACCACUUAAUGUAGCAUUGCGUAUUUUAUUAUUGUAUCUGGUACAAAAUGUGCAGCUUUAUAAUGUCCUGUUUUGUCCUUUUUGUAUGUUUUCUGGAGAUUGAGGAUAAGUGAUAAAAAGUUGGGCCUUUUUUUGAUAAUGUACAUUUAACUGACUGCUAACUUUGAAGUAAAAACUCGUAGCCAUGA